AUGGCAGGAUCACUCUUGCAGAACGCGUAUUAUGUAUCGAACUACAUCAACGCAAUCCUGUAUGGGAUCGAGUUGGUCUUGUACUUCAUGCUGGUUCGGCAACUCCUGGAGCUUCAGAAACGAACCUUCAUGGACAACUUCAUGAUGAUGUUCAGCACGGUGCUCCUCAUUCUGAACACCAUCUUCUGGACUACGCAAGUGUUUUUCGGCCAGAUGAUGUGGAUCAACAACCCAACAUAUCCCGGCGGGAUCGAUGGCUACAUGCAGGACAAAUCUUCAAUAUGGUACCAGACGUGGGGUACCACUGCUUGCGUCGCUAGCAAUCUAAUGAGCGAUGCGCUACUGACGUACCGUUGUUUCGUCGUCUGGAACAGCCGGCGUGUCAUCAUCUUCCCCUCCAUCAUCUGGGUGGCGUCUCUGGUGUUCUCAAUCGGGCUCCUGUACGGCUCGGGGCGCCCGAACGGGGACUACUUCGCAGGCUUCGCCGCCAUGGCCGUGACCGCAUACACCGCGUCGACGUUCGCGUUCAACGUCAUCGUCACCGGCCUCAUAUGCGGGCGCAUCUUCUACUUCAAGCGCUACAUGCGGCUUCACUACGGCGCGGACACCACCGUCUACACCGGCGCCGUCGCCAUCGUGGUCGAGUCCGCGCUCCCGUUCACGCUCUUCAGCUGCGCGUACCUCGUCACGUACGCCCUCGGCACCGACGUCGCCUACGCGUUCUCCUUCUACGCCAUGUUCACGUGCCUGUCCCCGCUGAUGAUCACGCUGCGCGUCUUGUCCCGCCGGGCGUGGACGCGAGAAGCCAUCACGCAGUUCACGACGACGAUCAGCUACCACGGGCCCUCGCACUACGUCACGACCGACGGCGGCAUACCCAUCGAGUUCGCCGAAAAGGGAGCUGCGGAGGCUACCAGAGAUCUCAAGGACUCGCCAGCACUGGCAGGCGCGCCGAGUCCCAGAGAGGUGGACAUCAGCGAGCUGCCAGUAUGACGCGGCCCUCUGACUGUUCUCAGCUGCGCAUCAUGCUCUUCAAUCAUGGCGCCCUGGGGUUGUAUAUGAGCUGCUGCUGCUUCUGCUGACGUUGUACAUAAAAGUAUGCCUACG